AUGAAGCCCUCAGCCUUCAUGUUACUCCUUAUCAGCUCAGCCGCCUGCAUCAAUCUCAAAUACAUCUCCAAGAGGAACUCGGUGGAUGGCUGCAUUGAUUGGUCGGUGGACCUGAAGAGGUACCGGGUCCUAGCAGGGGAACCAGUGAGGGUGAAGUGCGCCCUGUUCUACAGCUACAUCAGGACCAACUACUCCAUGGCCCAGAGCGCCAAGCUCCGGCUCAUCUGGUACAAAAACAAAGGGGACUCGGAGGAGCCUAUCAUCUUCUCGGGCCAUCGGCUCAGCAAGGAGGAUGACUCCAUCUGGUUCCGCUCAGCCGAGCUGGAGGACAACGGCUUCUACACCUGUGUCCUGAGAAACUCCACCUACUGCAUGAAGGUGUCUAUGUCCUUGGCGGUGGAGGAGAACGACGAGGGCCUGUGCUUUAACAGUAAAAUACGCCACCUGGAGAAAGCCGAGAUCACUAAAAGCAAGAUGAUCAACUGCCCCGACAUCGAGGAUUACCUCGCCCCUUACAAGCAGCCCCAGAUGACCUGGUAUAAGGAGUGUGAGAAGAAGACAUGGCGGAGCUCCAUCAUGGUGAACACCACCAACAUCUGGUUCCCUGAGGUGCAGGAGGACGACGGGGGGAACUACACCUGUGAGCUCAAGUAUGGCAGCCGGGUGGUGAGAAGGACCACAGAGCUCAAAGUCACAGCUCUCCUCACAACCAGACCCCCGAAGGUCCUGUUCCCCACUGAGAGACAGGCCAGUGUUAUAGAUGUCCAACCGGGUAUGCCCCUCAGUCUGGACUGUAAGGCCUUCUUCGGCUACAGCGGGGAGUCCAGACCUAUCAUCUACUGGAUGAAAGGGGAGAAGUUUGUGGAGGAGCUGGCAGGCCACAUUAAAGAAAGUGAAGUCAGGGUGUUGAAGGAGUAUCUAGGGGAGAAAGAGGUGGAGCUGUCCCUAACCUUUGAUGCGGUGGAGGAGACUGACCUGGGCAACUACACCUGCUUUGUGGAGAACCAUAUCGGGCGGAGGAGUGGCAGCGCCAUCCUGCAGAAGAAAGACAUGUACAGGCUAGAGCUGGCUGGUGGACUAGGGGCCAUCCUGCUUCUUCUGGGCUUCUUCACGGCCAUCUACAAGUGCUACAAUGUGGAGAUCAUGCUCUGCUACCGGAGGCACUUUGGGAGCGACGAGACAGAGGACGACAACAAGGAGUAUGAUGCAUAUUUGUCCUACACCAAAGUGGAGCUGGAUUCAAUGAACAGGGGCUCCAGUGAAGAGGAGCAGUUUGCUCUGGAGAUCCUCCCAGAUGUUCUGGAGAAACACUACGGAUACAAGCUCUUCAUCCCCGACCGGGACCUCAUCCCUAGCAGCCACAGCAUCUACAUCGAGGACCUGGCGCGAAGUGUGGAGCAAAGCAGGCGGCUGAUCAUCGUGUUGACUCCUGAGUUUGUGGCCAAGCGCGGCUGGAGCAUCUUCCAGCUGGAGACACGGCUCCACAGCAUGCUGGUGACAGGGGAGAUCAAGGUCAUUAUGAUUGAGUGUGCUGACCUCAAGAGCGUCAUCAACUACCAAGAGGUGGAGGCCCUGAAGAACACCAUUAAAGUGCUCACCAUCAUCAAGUGGAGGGGCCCUAAGAGCAACGAGCUCAAGUCCAAGUUUUGGAAGCAGGUGAUUUACGAGAUGCCGGUAAAGAGGAAGGAGAUGCUGUCUCGCCGGCAGGUGCUUGACUCCGGAGAGCAGGGCCUGUUCGGCGACCUGCAGACGGUCUCCACCAUCGCCAUGACGACCACGUCUGCCUCACUGGCGCCCGCCCACCAUGCCGAGAUCCCAGACUUUAACCAGGCCGGCCACCCCCAGAUGAGACACUACUGCACCCGUAGUUACGAGUAUAAGAUGCCCGGUUCCCCCUUGCAGAUAGCCACCUUGAGUAACCGUCACAUGUACUGCAAUAUCCCCAUGACGCUGCUCAACGGACAGGUGACUCAGAACAACACGAUGGGAAAGAGCAAGCAGGAGAUCCACUUGAACAGCACAUUCGUCCCUCUAUCUGGAAGGGAACUCACAAGUGAUAUCUGGUAGACUGAUAUUCAGCAACUGGCUUGAUGGCACCAUUUUUAUUUAUUUAUUUGAGCUUUUUUUUUAUCUGCAUGAAGAAUCAUUUAGACAAAACACUGAUUUAAAAAAAAAAAAAAAAAAAAAGACUGAACACAAUCAUUUCUCACGGACUACUUUCAUUGGCGAUUAAAUGUUUUAUUUUUUCCGUUCAGCCAUAAGAAAAAAAGGGAAAAAAGUGGAAAAAAGGAGUUGCUCCAGUCAUCAUUUUCUUACUUGAAAAAUGUCUCCUUUUCUGAGAUAAGUAAUACAUUCAAAAACCUUGUUUUUAAUGUUCAAGGUAUUGUUAUUAUGUACAGUUUUCAUAUCUUCUAUAAACAUUCAUGAUGAUUCCUUUGCGAUGUUAAUGGUGUAUGAGUAUGUGAGUGAAUCCACAUGAAAUGAUUCUGACCUGGGAUACUUCAUGGGAAAGGGGGACAUUUCUCAUUGCAGCACAAUUCUAUAAAGACCGACUGAACACAUUCUCUGUGAGCUUUAAACAUUUUACAGUAUAUUUAAGCAAAUCAAUAAUGUUUGAAGGUAUUGUCAUUGUUUAAGGCCAAUUAAAUAUGAAUAUUUGAAAUGUUUGAUACAAUAUUUGUUUGAGUUGUAUUCUGUGACUCUAGUUGCUGUCUCUUGAUUUCUGCCUGUUACUUUGCUAAUUCUAUUUGGUAAAAACAAGAAGCCCUCAUAAACUUUUUUUCGACAUCUCUUCUGAAAUCCUCCCCUGCUUCUCAUGCCUUCUUUCCUCCCUGUCGGCCAUAUUGUUUUCAGAUUACUAUUGAGUUGUCUCCUUGAGGAUGACCUGCUCUCUAAAGGUUACAGAUGGACUCAGUGUGGUGCUUUGGGAACCGAUCGUAGUUUUGACUGACUGUAUUGUAGAAAUGGAAUGGAACUGGGAUCACCUGAGAUCACCUAAUUGCAUUUGUAUCUAUUUUAUUUCUUUUGUUUUGCAAAAUGAGAAGAGAAUAAUCUUAAAGAAGCUCCCUCUUCUCAGCAUAAGUUGCUUUGCUGCUUUUAUCCUGGCUCCACCCUAGAGAAUUCAUCCUAUUGGUCUGCUUUGUUUUUUAAUAUAGCACCCUCUAUCUGUCUCAUUGCGUUAUAGCCGAAAUACCAAGAUUGUAAAAAAAAAUGACUUAGACAAUGGUCUGAGCUUGGUGACCUUCAAGAGCAAACGAAAAUACUAACCGCAGGAGGUCAAAGAGAUUGCAAGCAUCAGUCUGAGCCAUUGCUGAACUGCCCACAGAUGUCUUCUCCAACAUCAGUUAUAAAUCCUAAGUUUAUUUAAUGCCUUUUUUUUCUGUUUGCAAGCUGAUGGAUUUUGAUAGUGAUUCCAUGCCAUGAAUAGCCAGGGCAUCAAUGUGCAUAUGAUGAAAUCAAAUAAAUAAUUUUAUGGGACCCUUGCGAAUGGCUGUAUAUUAAAUCAU